GUAACCAACAAAUUAAGAACAAAUUGAGCAGUGAAAGCGGCGAAGAUGACAUCGGAACUGCAAAUAACGAGAAUGAAACCGUCCUAACUGACAAGGAGGAAAGCAUUGAAAUUCAACGGAAGUCACAUACAGAGGUCACCAACGAACAUGAAACGGCACUGAAUGAUGCAAAAAUAAAUCAGAAUGCAAGCAAUGGAAACAAAAUGAAAGGCCAGCAUGAAUCAGAAAUCACCAAUGAUGACAAUGAUGCAACUCCCAGUCUGAAUGAUAAACUAGAUAAAGAACAAAGUGAAAAUAGCAAUGAGAUUUUGAGCGAGAGCAAUGAAGAAAUGAGCUAUCCUACUAGUGAAGGAGAAAUUAUUCGCCAACAUAAAUUCUACAUUCAUAGCUCAUGGCUAGCCGUACAGAGUUCCUACUUCCGUUCCUUGUUUUUCUCUGGAAUGAAGGAAUCGAGUGCUACCGAAGUUCAUAUUCAGAUCUCGGAAAGCGAAGAACAAGCUCAAUUGAUUUUAUUGGAAGCAAUGUAUAAAAUUGAUACAGUGGACAAUGCUAGUGUUGAUGAACUUCUCGAAGUUUUGAAAAUUGCUGAUAAAUAUGAUGUGAAAUUCGUAUUCAAGAAAGCUAAAUACUGCUUACAAGCUGCAGUGGUCUCCCUUGAUAUUUGUGAGAAGAUUAUGUGCUUUAUUAAAGUUGAUAAUACAAUCACAGAUGUUGACGAUCUUGCAAGCACACUGCAGUCCUUUCUUGCAAACGAAUUCAGCCCUUUAGAUAAAAAAUGGCAGACAACAAGUUUUAAAAAGCUGUGCGAGCCUUCGGUGCGGUAUCUGCUAAGUAGUGACGAACUGAUUGCAGAAAGCGAGAACACCAUUUUUCACGCAUUAGUUUAUUGGAUCGAGCAAAAUGGAAUUGAUAAUGUCUCAGAUAUUCAAGAGCUUCCCUCACUGUUGUCGGUUGUCAGAUUUGAAUUGAUUCCUAUUGAUUAUUUGUACAAUAUUGUACAGCACAAUGCUGUCGCCAAGAAGUUAGCAGAUUUCAAGGACCAUUACUUACAUGGAGUCAAUUAUCAUGCUCUAUCGGAUAGCAUGAAGCAACGGUUGCCGUGUCAGCCAGUGAAAAGGAAAGCUACUACGCAGCCAUUCAUUCCCUAUACAUGGGUGAUGCCGAGAGAUGCAUUGAAUAAGUUGGUGGGAACGAACCAACGACUCGUAUCAAAUUUAUUUUGGUACUGUGGUUACAGAAUGGUCCUGGUAUUUACUCAUGUUGUAAAGAUUAACAAUUUGGGAGAAAACCGAGCACUGUUCAAUGCCGCACUCUCCUUAGGAGUCAUCAACAUAACUGAACAAAGUGAAGUUAGAAUUCAGUGGCAGCCAGUAAGUCAGUCUUUUAAAUCGAUUGUUUCUGAACAAAUACACACAUUUGAUAACCAAGAAUGUAUUUCAUCUGUGCGUAUAAAGUACGAAAUGGAAGUCCAGUCAGAAAAAUCAAGUAGCAACGAAGCGUUGAGUAAUGGAUCCAACCCAACUGCUGUUCCAAAACAGGAAAGGCCUACUACACCCUGCUUCAUGUCCAUUGAUGUGAGAAUGAAUUUGUUAAGAGUGUAUAUGCUUUUACAUAAGAAUUGA